UUACAAAACUUAUUUUUUCAACAAAAGUGAGAACAUCAAUAAAAAUACGUUUGUUAUGACGAGGUUGCGUGAUACCAUAGACCGUACACCUGAAUAUGUCAACUUUAUAAAAGAAUUAAAGCAAUUCCACCUUGAAAAAGGCACAACACUUCAAGCAGAACCUGUCUUGGGUGGAAGAAGACUGGAUUUAUAUAAAAUAUUUCAAGUCGUUGCUAGUUCAGGUGGUUUUGAAGAAGUGACAAAGAAUAGAGGAUGGAAGCAAGUGGGCGAUAUUUUUCAAUUUCCUUCUACUUGUACCAACAGUGCUUAUAUUCUUAAGGGUGUUUAUAUACGUAAUUUGUUGGGCUGGGAAGAGGAAAAAUUAUGGAAAAAGGAUUGGAAACCACCAAAGGAAUUAUUGGGUCCAAAUGCUCAUAAAUCAUCUACUUUGGCUGGUAAAGCAUACAAAUCUGUCAUCAAAAAGACAUCGCCCACCAUAAAAUCAACAACAAAGACAACAAAAUCAAAAUCAAAAACCAACCCUCCUCCUCCUUCUACACCUCCCACUAGUCUUGUCGAUCCCUUGACUGUAUUGCAACAAUUGAGCAACCCUCUUUUAUACGAUUUUAGCAACUUGAAUGUAGAUACGACUGUGUAUUCCCCUACAGCUUCUAAUACUCCCUCACCUGCUGUAGAAGAUCAAAGUGUGUUUACUGAAAGGGACCGCAUUUUAUUUGCUUUACAGUUUGGAGAAGGGAAAGAUGUGGAAUGGGCCUUGGAUGAAAUAGUGACCAUCUCAUUUGAAUGUCCCGAAAAGCUUGAUUUGAACACCUCUCCUUUUCUUUUACAGUUGCUUGUCUCACUUGCUCAACCUUGUCUUACUACGCAUGUAGCCGAUAAUGCAUUACCUACCAGUGCUACAGAUACGCUAAACAGCAUGCUGAAUAACAAUACGUCUAAAAGCACCUUAUCACCCAUCACGAUGACAUAUGCCACAGACAGCGAAACAUGUGGUCAUUUGGAUAUUUCGCUUAAAGUACUUCAUAUCUUGCGCAACUUUUCUUUUUUAACAAGCCAUGUCCCUUUAUUGGCUAAAAACACCAUGGUGAAGGAGCUUUUGGUGCAAGGCUUACAGGCAUCCAUGAGUACAGGUCAUGUUGAACUUGGAAGGCAUUCGAUGGAUGUGCUGGAAAACAUGGCUGCGCAUAUGGAACUCGAUUCAACACAAGAUCCUUGCCUUCAAUGUGUGCAAACACUGGUGGCUGCUCAUGAUCGAUACUUGGUGAUUGGCUCUAUUCGUACACUGACAUGGCUCACCAUGAACCAAGUCAACCAUGCCUAUUUAGAGACCAGUCCUGUCAUGACACGCAUUGCACAAAUGCUGUUAUCGAAUGAUGAAGAAUUAGUCGGUACUUCACUUGAAUACAUUUACCAGUACACCCGUAUUUCAGCCCAGGCUCGUUCUCGAUUCUUGGUAUCACCUCCCUCGAAUGCGUAUGUUGGAUUGUUGAUCUCGCUUUUAAUGACCAAAUCAAAGUAUUUCUGUACUCGAUUUAUUCAAGAAGAUACAGCUUUGACUACACCUAACCCCACCGUAUCUACUACGCCUGUUGAACCUAUAGUGCCUCGUGUGCCUAACUUGACUGAAUAUCAAAAAUUAGAUGAACCUUUUCGAUGUUUAGGAUGGUUGAAAGACAAGUUUGAAGUAGCCGAUAGAAGCAGUGUGUUAUCUUUGGAUGACAUGUAUUUGCUUUAUGAAGCUAGAUUUGGAUUAGAAAAAGCACUCAAGAUGAGAGAUUUUUAUACAGUUAUGAAAAUUGCUUUUCCGAAAGUAUCUACUACCGAAACCAAGUCUUUGUUAGGCAGUCCUGGCCAAUCCGCUCCUGUUGUUGAAGGUUUAAAUAUCAUUGGCAUACAGAUCAAAAUGAGUAUUUUACAAGACCGUAUGUAUACAUGUAUGUCAACAAAUGUCACUCAUCUAUUUCCUAUAGGCCCUCAAGUACCUUGUAAAUGGGCUCAAUGCUCACUUUUAUUCGAUGAUACAUUUACACUUCAACGUCAUAUACUCCAUGACCAUAUGCCAUCCACCAUGGAGAGUGAACACUAUGUCUGUAGUUGGUCCCACUGCAAAAACGAACAAAACUUAUUUUCAUCUAAAGACGGCUGGAUAUCCCAUUUACGCACCCAUUUCUACAAUCAAGUAGGCGAAAGUUGUUGCAACAGCCCUGUACAGAGCCCUGAACCUUCACUUUCACCUUCACCUUCCACACCUGCAUCUCAAAUUUCAUUAACAAGUACCACGUCGCCUAGGGUAAAACCGGUUGAUAUGUCUGACAUUCAAGGCAUUGCCCUUGUUGCCUCUCAUUUACUCAACUGGCUCUCAAAAGAUCCCCAGAGUGCGCCCUACUUUAUUCCCUACGAAAAGGAACUGACGAGCAUUGCUGAACAAAGACCCAAAUUAGCUGCAUUUGUUUGGUCUAUUUGUUCCAAUUUUAAAUCUUCAAAACCUUCUCAACCCAUUGUUUCAAUCAAUACUACACCAGUUUAAUUAUUAAUACACAUUUCAUUUUUCCAUAGAUCUUUAGCAUGUAGAUAUUAUGACAAUAAAGAUAACAA